UUGAAUAUAGCCUAAUUCUCCAAAAGACACCAUUUUUGCUCGUCGUCCUUUGAAUGAAAGGAGCAGUGUGUGGUAGCGUGACUGUUUUUGCCUGGUAAUGUGGUGGUCGUGUGUUGUGUUUUGAACCGAGUGGGAGGAGACACAGACAUGAGCAGCACAUCAGCAUCUGAAUGAAGCAUGUAACCCCGCUGAAAGCACUUCGAGUCUGGGCAUACAGGGUAAACAACGCCGCCACCAUUUUACUAUCGUUUAUAUGCUUUUCUCUUCAAUGGACGGGCUAUUGUUCAAGCCGCAGAUGAUGGCGGACGUCAAUGGCAACAGUAAGAUGAUGAACGCAGAACUGGAGGUGAAAAAGCUUCAAGAGCUCGUGCGAAAACUGGAGAGGCAGAACGAGCAGCUCCGGACGAGAGCGAACGCUGCGAACAACUGCACCUCCAGUGUCCGUCUGUUAGCCGCUCCGGCGUCGGCCUGUCCCGCAGGUCCGACUGGCCCAGACACAGGCACGUUUCAAUCCGGGAAUUAUUGCGUUUCACCUUCAUAUUCCCCGUCCUUUGGCUUAUCGGAUGAGCACUAUCCGUAUUUUCAUCCGCAGUCAGUGACUGGUGCUGAUGAGGAAGAUGAAGAUGCUACUGUAAUGGAUGAGGUGGAAAAACUAGACCUUCAUGCUCUUCUUCCCAUCGAUGGAGAGUCUGAUUAUAGCUGGUUGUACGUGUCUCCCAAAGCAAAGCUGUUUCCUCAUGCUCUCCUCAGUCCUCUUCAGUGGUGCAGGCAUGUGCUGGACAACCCCAAACCUGAGGUGGAGUUAGCCAAACGCUCCUUAUGCUACAAACUGGACCAAGCCAAAAGAUGGCGAGGGGUCCUCUCAAGCUGUGUGUCUUCAAGCGUUCUGUACAGUCCUUUAGAUGGGGUCUCUUCUUUAAGCAGCUGCUCUAAACCCUUUACUAAACCUGCACUAACUGAGCAAACAGAUCCACCUUCACCAAACCACCAGAAGCCUCUCACUGGAAGGAACUGCUUGAGCCUCACUGAAAGAUCUCCCACAUUCCUCUAUCACACGGCUACGCAGAGUAAUAGUCAUCGGCAGCGGCCUCUCAGUCCUCAGUCCUCCAUAGACAGUGAGCUCAGUGCGUCAGAGCUAGAGGAGGACUCGGUCUCAAUGAGCUACAAGCUUCAGGACAUGACUGAUGUGGAGGUCAUGGCUCGACUGCAGGAGGAGAGUCUCCGGCAGGAGUAUGCGAGCACCACUGCCACAGCCACACGCCGCAGUGCCAGCUUCUCUAUCCACACAGGUGCCCGCAGAAGCAUGAGGAGUGAAGCUGAGCUGGAGGAAGAGGAAGAGUACGACCAGCUGUCCGUUCCCCAGCCGCGACUCUUCCGCACGGCCUCCAUGCAGCGCAGCACGUCCCACACACAGAACCUCUCUAGCAUGAAAGACUGCCGGCGCAGCCCCUCCACACCUCAGUACCUCAACAGCCUAUCCUUCCAGCAGCUCCAUGUGGCCAAUAACAGCUCCCCUACAGCAGAAGCACAGAAUUACAGAGCCAAUACAGACAAGUUACGGAGGAGCAUGCCAAACCUACUUCGAGCACCCAGCAUUCCCAGUGUCAUCAAUGUGCCUAAUGUUUCUGCUCCAACUGGUCACAUCGCUACAACGUCAUCUUUAUCAUUACUCCGAAACAGUCAGAGUUUUGAUUCCCACAAUGCACUGGCCAAGAUACAGUCUGCAAUUCCCUCUCCAGGCCAAUUACAGCAGCGAGUUCAGAGUGUGGGCAACUUCUCCAUGACAGCCCGUCCUCCUCUAAAAGCCACAGCGUAUGUGAGCCCUACGAUCCAGAGUUCCAACACAAUGGCAUCCUCUGCAAGCCUCAGCUGUAUCUCCAGCAGCAGUAUUCCCCUGCCCAGCAAACCCAGCACCCCAUCCUCCAGCCGUAGCGCUCUACCUCGACCUGCUUCUUUUGUUGGGACAAAUGGGGCCUCACGCAGUAAAAUCGGCCAGCCUGUACGGAGCUUACUGACUCCGCCGAAGAGUGUAUCUGCUCUUAGCGCUCUGCGGGAUGGGAGUUGGAGGGACGGCUGCUAUUAAAAUGCUCUGCACACUGACCUUAAAUGUUUCAGGCCCAGCUGGCUGGGGAGAACCUGUUGCUUGUAGACCUUAAGAGGAUAUAACAUAACAUCAAGUGAGUUGAAGUCAAAAAGUACUGUUAACAGAUGCAAUACAGCACCACUGCAAUAUGCCGAUGGCUGAAACCCAAUGCAUUAUGCAUACGAGUGUUUACGUGCAAAUAAUCUGCCUAAUCUGCAGCACAAUUUUUUUAACCAUUGAAACCAAUUGUCAGAUUAUGUUAUGAAUUAGAUAUGAACAUUAGGACAGUACUGGUUUUGGUAGAUGUUAUGAUUUAUUAAGCGCGGUCUCUCAAAUAGCACUUUUAUUAUUAACGGAUUAUUAGAUAACCAGUAGUGCCAGAUAUUGGUUACGCAAGUUGCGUUCUUGGUUUAUUAUGUUGCCGUUUAUGUUGCAACAUACAGCAAGAGAAUUCUUCAAAAAGCAGACUAAAUGGACUGUAAAACUCUGUAUACUGUAAUGUAACAUUGAAGUAAAUGCAGCCUAGAGUAACAGGCAACCAUUCCAGAUUGUAUGUUUACAUGAUGCUCCUGAAACAGAGCACUGUGGAUAAGGGUUUGCACAUUAAAUGGUAACAUUUGUUUUUCUCUUUUUUAAAAAAAAAGAACAGGUUUAUGAGGGAAGGGAAUGGAUGGUGUGUUUUCCAAUGUUGA